GUAUUUGAUCCUCAAACAAGUAAACGAGCGGAUAGAAAGCUACGGGUCCUAAUUUGCGAUAGCUUUAGAACGCACGAGACCUUAGAAAUCCUAGAAUAUUACUUCGCGAAUAAUAUUAUUAUAUGCCGCCUACUAUCUUAUAUAUCACACAAACUACAGCCUUAUGACGUUAAAGUUUUUAGCCCUCUUAAGAUAGCAUAUCGUGAAGAGGUAGAACGGCUCUAUUAA